AGCGUAUGUGCGCGCACCCUUCUAUCUCGUGGUGCUGAUCAUCCAUAUUGCUGUUAGUGGUGAAGUUUAGCUUGCAAUUUAAAAGAGGCUCCCGGGCGCUUUUUAAAUGUUUUAAUUCAACACAAACCACUCUGCGUCUUAGACUGAAUGCUAUUUAGUCUAGGGGUGGAGUGGAGAAACGAGUUCAUUCGAGGAAUACUUCACAUUUUCUUUGUUGAGUAGUAGGCGAAUUUGUUGGUGUCGUGAGGAAAAGGAGAAAUGGCUACUCGGGUAGAGGCUCUCCUACCCAACAAUCCUCGUAUUAAACCAGAGGAGAAUGGGCAUGCGAGCAAGAUGAUACAGCAUGGAGAGGACUGUCCUGAAAAGGGGGUGAAGCAGACAUGUGUUGCCGAAGCUGGUAGCAAUAUGAAAACAAACAACUCAAAACAGUGUUGGAUUGCAACGAGGGAGCUACGCUCUAAACAGGCAAAAGAAGAGAGUAACAAUCAAGAGAAAGACACCCUGGAUCAAGAGAUGCACACGACUGAUCAAACGGAAGACUGUGUGAAAUGCAGUAAAAAUGAGUUUGCUGAAGCACCCCCGCCCAAGGUGAACCCAUGGACCAAGAAAAAGAAUUCGGUGGCCGUGGUCAGCCAGAAUGGACAAUCACAUCAUGAGCCGCCACCCACAACAGGCCCAGCCAAGGUGGUGAAGGCCCCAAACCCCCGGCCUCGGAGAGGAGAAAGGGUUGGAGAUUUUGGUGAUGCUAUGAAGUGGCCAACCCCCGGGGAGAUUGCAACUAAAGAAACGCAGAUUGAGGUUGUGAAUCGGACUGUGUCAUGCCCCAUGCCCGUCAGGCAGAUCAGAGAAGUGGGCUCCACACGGAGAUCCCCAGCCCCCAAGAAGCCUGUGGUGAAGAAAGAGUUGAAGGAGAAGCGGGACACCAACGAGGAGGGCAAGGAGAACCAGAAUGCGAAGUCAGACGACUCUGGAGAGGAGAAGAACGGCGACGAGGACUCUCAGAAGAACAGCGACGAGGACUCUCAGAAGAACGGACAGAAGAAGAAAGGAAACAAGCAUAGGUGGGUGCCGCUGAUGAUGGAGGUGAAGUCUGAGGGACCCAGAGAACGCUCGGCCUCAAGGAACAACACCCGUCAGAACGAGGUGCCCAGGAUGCCUCCCAACAGGAAGAACGACCUCCGAGACUGGUACAGAGGGAAGUCUGAGCGUGAUUGGAGUGACGACCAUGAUGAGGUGUCCAGCGUGAGGAGCGAGGGUGCUCCCUUCCGUGCCGGGUUCCGGGGUCGUGGCAGGGGCCGGGGACGAGGCAGAGGUUCCAGAGGUCACCCUGACUACCAUUAUGGCUACAAGGCCUACAACGGGAAGGACGGUGCCUACGGACAGAAGUUUGGUGCUCCAGUGACCUAUUACUACGACAACAUGAGCAGCAGUGACCUGUACACAGUGGACCAGGGCCUGCUCAAGGACUAUGUUAAAAGGCAGAUUGAGUACUACUUCAGCCUUGGCAACCUGGAGCGGGAUUUCUUCCUGCGCAAGAAGAUGGACCAGGAGGGCUUCCUGUCACUUGGCCUGAUUGCCAGCUUCCACAGGGUGCAGGCCCUCACCACUGAUGUCAGCCUCAUUAUAGAGUCUUUGAAGGACAGCAAAGAGGUGGAAAUCAUCGACAUGAAGAUCCGUCGGAAGGUGGAGCCGGAGAAGUGGCCACUUCCUGGCCAGUCCAUGGGACCGGACCACAACCAGGUGGACCUGACCCAGCUCAUCCACUGCCCCGAGUUCGUGCCCCGGCAGAUGCCCACUAAGCAGACAGAGUCUGCUCCAGGGUCUCCCCGGUCCUCCACGCCCAUCAGGGGCAUGACCAGGGCCUCCAUGCAGCCCAAGAUGGAGCAGGACGUGUCCAACCUGAAGAGCAUGCCCAAGGGACUGUCGGCCAGCCUGCCCGACCUGGACUCGGAGUCCUGGAUCGAGGUGAAGAAGAGACCCAAGCCCUCCCCGGCCAGAACCAAGACCCCUUCGUUGCAGCAGAAGGAAGACGCUCUCUCCCCGGUGCCCAAGGCAGACCUCAGCCUCGUCCCCUCCAACGCCUCAGCCAAGGAUGAGCCCGAGGAGCUGGACUUCAUGUUUGACGAGGAGAUGGAGCAGAUGGAUGGCCGCAGGAACACAUUUACCGACUGGUCCGAUGAGGACUCUGACUGCGAGAUCGCCGACAAUGACGUCAACAAGAUCCUCAUUGUGACACAGACGCCGCCCUACCUGCGCAAGCACCCGGGGGGUGACCGCACGGGCCACCACACGUCACGCUCCAAGCUGACCAAUGAGCUGGUGAAGGUGAUCAACGACGGCCUGUACUACUACGAAGCAGAUCUGUGGGAUGACAACUACGAACCCGAGUACGCCACCAUCAAGCAAGAGGUGGAGAACUUCAAAAAGGUUCACCUGAUCAGCCGAGAGGAGUUUGACUGCCUGACCCCAGAACCCCCCGUCGACCCCAACCAGGAGGUGCCCCCCGGACCCCCAAAGCCCCAGCAGAUUCCCGUAGACGCCUUGGCGAACAAACUGUUCGGUGCCCCUGAGCCUUCCACAAUAGCACGCUCCCUCCCGACUACUGUACCUGAAUCGCCCAACUACCGCAGUGCCCGGACACCUCGCACGCCUCGCACCCCGCACCGGAAGGACCCCGCCAUGACGCCCCGUUUCUACCCUGUUGUGAAGGAGAGCUGGCCCGUCGACGCCAAGACCCCCAGGAAAAGGAAGACCAGGCACAGCUCCAACCCCCCCAUGGAGUGCCACGUUGGCUGGGUGAUGGACUCGCGGGAGCACCGAUCUCGCACCGCCUCCGUCAGCUCCAACGCCAGCCCCUCAGAGGGUACACCUGUAUUGGGGGGAAUUGGCUGUACCCCCCAGUCGCUCCCCAAUUUCCAGCACCCCUCCCACGAGCUGCUCAAGGAGAACGGCUUCACACAACACGUUUAUCACAAGUACCGUCGACGCUGCCUGAACGAACGCAAGCGGUUGGGCAUCGGCCAAUCCCAGGAGAUGAACACGCUGUUCCGUUUCUGGUCAUUCUUCCUGAGGGAUCACUUCAACAGGAAGAUGUAUGAGGAGUUCAAGCAGCUGGUGGUGGAGGAUGGCAAGGAGGGAUACAGGUACGGUUUGGAGUGCCUGUUCAGGUACUACAGCUACGGACUGGAAAGGAAAUUCAGGCCAAACAUUUUCAAGGACUUCCAGGAGGAGACCAUGAAAGAUUACGAAGCUGGCCAGCUGUAUGGACUUGAGAAGUUUUGGGCAUUUCUUAAAUACUCCAAAAACAAGAACAUGGGGAUCGACCCCAAGUUGCAGGAGUGCUUGAGCAAGUUUAAGCGUCUCGAGGAUUUCAGAAUCGAUGUAAGUAGGGAAACCUGUCAAAGAAAGUGAAAUGUUCUCUUCUACUUUUUACUACUAGUGAAACCGGUCAGUUAGAUUUUCUCUUCUACUUUGUACUACUAGGGAAACGUGUCAGUUACAUUUUGUCUUGUACUUUUUACUAAGCAUUUCACUGCAAGGUUGUAUUUGUAUACCUGUUGUAUUCGGCAUUUCACUGCAAGGUUGUAUUUGUAUACCUGUUGUUUUCGGCAUUUCACUGCAAGGUUGUAUUUGUAUACCUGUUGUAUUUGUAUACCUGUUGUAUUUGUAUACCUGUUGUAUUCGGCAUUUCACUGCAAGGUUGUAUUUGUAUACCUGUUGUAUUUGUAUACCUGUUGUAUUUGUAUACCUGUUGUAUUUGUAUACCUGUUGUAUUUGUAUACCUGUUGUUUUCGGCAUUUCACUGCAAGGUUGUAUUUGUAUACUUGUUGUAUUCGGCAUUUCACUGCAAGGUUGUAUUUGUAUACCUGUUGUAUUCGGCAUUUCACUGCAAGGUUGUAUUUGUAUACCUGUUGUUUUCGGCAUUUCACUGCAAGGUUGUAUUUGUAUACUUGUUGUAUUCGGCAUUUCACUGCAAGGUUGUAUUUGUAUACCUGUUGUAUUCGGCAUUUCACUGCAAGGUUGUAUUUGUAUACCUGUUGUAUUCGGCAUUUCACUGCAAGGUUGUAUUUGUAUACUUGUUGUAUUCGGCAUUUCACUGCAAGGUUGUAUUUGUAUACCUGUUGUAUUCGGCAUUUCACUGCAAGGUUGUAUUUGUAUACCUGUUGUUUUCGGCAUUUCACUGCAAGGUUGUAUUUGUAUACUUGUUGUAUUCGGCAUUUCACUGCAAGGUUGUAUUUGUAUACUUGUUGUAUUCGGCAUUUCACUGCAAGGUUGUAUUUGUAUACCUGUUGUAUUCGGCAUUUCACUGCAAGGUUGUAUUUGUAUACCUGUUGUUUUCGGCAUUUCACUGCAAGGUUGUAUUUGUAUACUUGUUGUAUUCGGCAUUUCACUGCAAGGUUGUAUUUGUAUACCUGUUGUAUUCGGCAUUUCACUGCAAGGUUGUAUUUGUAUACCUGUUGUUUUCGGCAUUUCACUGCAAGGUUGUAUUUGUAUACCUGUUGUAUUCGGCAUUUCACUGCAAGGUUGUAUUUGUAUACCUGUUGUUUUCGGCAUUUCACUGCAAGGUUGUAUUUGUAUACUUGUUGUAUUCGGCAUUUCACUGCAAGGUUGUAUUUGUAUACCUGUUGUAUUCGGCAUUUCACUGCAAGGUUGUAUUUGUAUACCUGUUGUAUUCGGCAUUUCACUGCAAGGUUGUAUUUGUAUACUUGUUGUAUUCGGCAUUUCACUGCAAGGUUGUAUUUGUAUACCUGUUGUAUUCGGCGCAUGUGACGAGUAACAUUUGAUUAGAUUACUAUGUAUAGCUUUAUAAGACUAUAAAUGACCAAGCACACAGUUUCUACCUCAGCUGAAAGGCACCAGCUCCUCUCAAAAGCAAAGAUAACAAUAUGUGAACUUCAAACUGCACGCAGAGAAAUAAAAAUACACAAUUCUCUCAGUAUCCCUUUAACAAAGAACAGGCCUGCCCUGUUCACCCUGUACUCUUUGGGUGCAUCGCGAAUGGCACCCUAUUUCUUACAUAGUGCACUACUUUUGAGCAGGGCACAUAGGGCUCCUUUUCAAAGUAGUGCACUAUAUAGGGAAUAGGGUGCCAUUUCAUAUUCCAUCCUAGCAAUGUGGAAUAAACAAAGGCUUUGCAUUCUGGUCAAACCAAUGGAAAAGGGAUCAAAACGCAAUCAUGUUGAAGUAAUUUCAACACUUAUAUUUCAUUUUGGAUAAAUGAUUUUUCUUCUGUAAGAUUAAGAAACAUUGCCCUGUGCCUUGUAAUUCCGUUACCAAAAACCCACAUAUAUAUUUAAGAUAUUUUCUCAUUUCUCUCCCUCAUGAGGGAGGUUAAUGAAUGUUCACAGAAGUAACAAGUAAAGGUUGACCUACCAAUUAGUUAGUGUUUUUGCUGACAUCAAGUUUAUGAAUUAUUAAGUGAUUAAAACUCGUAAUUCUGUUACCAGAAUUACAGUUGCCAGUAGCACUGUGGGACCUUAUAUAGACAGGUAUGCCUUUCCAAAUCAUGUCCAAUCAAUUAAAUUUACCACAGGUGGACUCAAGUUGUAGAACCAACUCACGGAUUGUGAAUGGAAACGGGGAUUCACCUGAGCUCAACCCUUUUUUACUUGGAAUAAAACAUGUUUUACUUGUUAUUAUGGGGUACUGUGUGUAGAUUGAGGAUUUUUAUUUAAUCCAUUUUAGAAUAAUGCUGCAAUGUAACAAAGGUCUGAAUACUUUCCGAAUGCACUGUAUCUACGUCAAUUACCUCGUACACUUGCACAUAGUCGGUACUGGUACCCCAUGUAUAGCCAUGGUAUUAUUAUUUUUCUCUCCGUUGUUGGUAAGUCAUUAUUUUACUGAUAGUCGUUGUUGUUUUACGAAGUAUGUGACAAAUACAUUUUGAUUUGCAUGUCAUAGCUGACACCCAUUCUUUCUGCAGACAUCUUUUGAAUCUUAUUUCGAAGCAGAUAUUUAACAGUUUUGAAAAAAUGUGGUCACGUGAAAAUUGAGGAUGAUUUUAACCGUAAUUCUGUUGCCACACUGCAUCUGCACAGUUCAUCCAGUAAAUGUGUUUCUGUGAAAUGUUCUGUGUAAAUUGUUCAAUUGUGCAUAGUGCAUAGUUCAUUGCUUUGCUAAACUUUGAAAUCAAUGGUUUUUGUUUAGCAUAGAUUUGAAAGUGAAAAAUCUGACAACGUGGAAUUGCCCUUUUAGAAUGUCCGUAGAGCCCCAGUCAAUCCCACCAUUGUCCUUCAUUACAGCCCCCGAUGGAGGAGGGAGGUCGCAAGAGACACUCAUCCAGCGGAGACUGUCGCCGCCGCCACCCCUCCCAGGGCUCCAGCCGCCCCCACAGCCAAACUGGCUUCGGCCCCGUUCGCCCAGGGCCCCACCAGGGAGAAUGCCAAAAUCAGCAGCCAGAGCCAGCGCCCGCAGCCCAGACCUCGGCAACCGCAUCAGACGCCCAGCCACCAAAGUAACCCCAGACAACCCUCAGCCACUUGGAUCAACUCAACGUCACUGAAUAUUUUCUGCGCCGCGAGAAUGACUUUCUGACGAACAGCUUGUGAUUGAAUAAAUCAAGGCUCUUCCAUUUUGAUCUAUUUAGUUUGAAACACCCAGCGUUUUGACUUAUUGGAGACGAAACUGAAUGACUAUUGAAGGAGUGGAUGAAGUAUUUUAUUUUGCAAUCCUUGGCAUAUUUUCUCCCCGUGGUUACAAUGUUUGACAUGGUUUCUGAGGACGUUUGAUGGCAACUGUGAACCUUGUGAUUCCUUUCUGUUAAUGGACCCUCUUUCCACUUGACACCAUCUAGUUGGUGGAUUAGAAAUUGAUGCGUUGAGAAAUAGAUAUUGAACUUGUUUUGCGCGAGCGAGAAAUAGAGCGAGAAAUAGAGGGAGAAAUACAUGUCAAAAACACCAAACCAAAUGAUGAAAAAAAUGACUUGUACCAGUCCCUCAGUAUGAACAAGAUUGAAAGUUGCCUUAUUUUUAUGUUUUUCCUUCUUUACUUGUGCCUGCCACCGUAAUGUCGAUUGUACAGCAUUGACAAUUGCAAAUAUGCAACAUUGGUCACCACCUACAGUAGUGGCCACUCAGUGACUCCCUGCCUGCCAAACAGUUUUGAACGCAACCUGCUGAAUGUGUCAUCAAGCCCCACCCCUCAGUGUGUUUGCAAUUUGUGGUUCUUUGUGCUGAAACGCUUUGCUGGGGGGGGGCGCGGCCGCUCCUGACAUCCCCCCCCCCAAA